AUGAAUGAUGGAACGAUGCAAGUGGAUGACAGUGAUCAACUGGACGGAGACUACUGGGAUACAAAUUUAGAAACUGAUUACACUCGACAGAGCAAAAGGAGACAUUUCGGCUUAGAAGUUGGCGAUGUUACAUUUUAUAUUGACCCUAUUGAAAUGUCUAAGAAAUCACUCUAUUUCGGGCUUCUUACAACCAGUAAUCAUUUCGUAGAAGGGCUUCGCGGCUGCAGUCGUUUACACGAUAAGAAUGAUGAUAUUGCAUGCAUGCUGCAAUCUACCUGCCCUACAAUUUACGACAUAUAUCCACGAAUCAUUCGGGUGCAAUCAAUUCCAGCACUUGCCCGUUUGGCUGAUAAAUACAAUUUGAAAAAUUUGCAGCUUAGUUGCGAGUACUUUGCACUGAGAGCAAAUUUUCGCAAAUAUGGAAACAAUGUCUUGGUUAAAUUGCUCCAAACAGCAAUUAUGUAUAAUUACGACUCAAAACUUCGAGAAAAUCUUACCAAAGAAUUAAUGAUUCGGUCACAAUUUCUCAACGGUUCAGUGAACAAUGAAAUGACAAAGGACAUUUGCAAUAUCAUUAUAAAACAUAGUUUAAAACACAACGGUAAGGAUAUAUUCGAAGGUGUAUGUCGCAGUUGUGGACAGCAGAAAACCGUUGAUUCCGAUGCUGGAACUUGCCGCCGUUUGUGGAAAUGUGACCGGUGUAAUUGGAUAUACUGUUUGGAAUGUGAAUCAAUGCCAUGCAUCAUAGAAGUAGAAGAGCAUCUUAAGAAUGCAUUUGAAAAAUAUGAAAUGGAGGAACUGAGAAAAGAAGCCGAAUCUCAGAUGAUUGAGAAAAAAAGCUGAUUUUAUGGAUCACAAAUAACACCACAAUAUCUCCG